GGCCAUUGUAGUCCGUAACCGUUCUCAAUUAUCCAUCUGUCAUGUCAGUCAAUUUUCGUUGUAUGGUGUCAAGUAAAGAAACGUGAAAAUUGCUCAUCCCCUUUGUAAAAUUCAAAUGAGUUAAUUUGCUCUUUCAUCCUACACUUCAGCAGUGACGAAACAGGAUACCUAUUUUUUAUCACAUUCUGCCCCAACACACAUGUCAAAAUUAGUGAAACUUCAAAUGUCUCCACCGAGGACAGACUCAAAUUUUGUUGAAGUGAAGAGCAAAUUUGUGGCUGAAUUUAGAAGAUUCAGUCUGAACAAGAAAGUGUUGCCAAAGUAUGAAGAUUUCAGAAAAUUGCUUGAACAACUACAUGGCUUACAAAUCGAACCUUUCUACAUAAGUUAUACAGAUCCAAAUGAUGGUGAUCUACUGCCUAUCAACAAUGAUGACAACUUUGCCAGAGCUUUGCAGGCAGCACGUCCUUUAUUGAGAAUUCAUAUACAAAGAAGAGGAGAAUCACAAGAUGAUGAACUGCAUCAGCACUUGGCCUCUAAAAAGAAUAUCAUAUCGUCAAUACUAGGAACACCUAAAACCAGACCACACAUUAGUAUAUCAUACCCAAAGGAAUUUCGACAAGUUUCAGCUAUUAUUGAUGUAGAUGUUGUGCCCGAUUCCUGCCGUCGAGUAAGGCUGCUCAAGCAUGGCUCUGAACGACCGCUUGGAUUUUACAUUCGGGAUGGCACGUCCGUACGGGUCACGCCUGAUGGAUUAGAAAAAGUCCCCGGAAUAUUUAUUUCAAGAUUGGUUCCUGGCGGAUUGGCCGAAUCAACUGGUCUUCUUGCCGUCAACGACGAAGUGUUGGAAGUGAAUGGAAUUGAAGUUGCCGGCAAGUCACUAGACCAGGUAACCGACAUGAUGGUUGCCAACAGCGCCAACUUGAUCAUCACGGUUAAGCCGGCCAACCAGCGAGGUGUACUGACUUUGUCACGAACUUCGCAUAAUGACACUAUGACGUCUUAUUCGACCAUAGCGUCAAUGGUUCACUCCGACGAGGACCAUGAAGAAGACGAGGCCGACGACUUAGACGAGAUUAAAGAUCUAACCAUGCAGACCAGUGCUAGCAGUGGAAGCGAUAGGACCAGCAACGCAAAAGAUGAUGGCAUCCUUCACUUAUAAGAUAUCAUGAUUUAAGGUCGAUAAUUCCCUUGUUGAAAUAAGGGGAAAAAACAUUCCGUUCAAGUCCCUAUUUUUUAAGCAAAUGAAAGUGUAUAAAAUAAAGUGUCAUCUUUUGCCUAAGUGUGCGCAAAGUUCUUGGUCCAUGCGUGCAAUUAGCUCCCGUCCAUUCUUCUAUGUCUUUUUCCCUAGAUUUCUAGUUAAGAGAAACGUGUGUGCCUUCCAACAUUUACCGGCCUUUUAUUGGUAACUUGCAAAUGACUAAACGAUGAAUCAAGCUCUACUCGAUUCAUCGGCACAAAUACAAUCGUAAAGAACA